AUGCCAAGUUUUUCGAAUGGCCAAAGGGAUAAAAAGUUUUUCCGUAAAGACUACAAGUAUAUUGAAGCGACAGAAAGUUUCUAUAAAAUGCAAACAAUACCCAGAACGUGGAAGGAUGCCAAGCAGAUGUGUGCCCUAGAGGGGGCACGGUUUUUCUAUCCCGAAGAUGAGAAAGAAGCUGAAGCAGUGUUGGCGUUUUGGAAGGAAACGCACCCCUUUGAUGACAUUUUUAUUGGCAUCUCAGACCUGGUAGCUAAGGGAGUCUAUGAAACUAUUGAUGGUCUACCAAUAGGAGACGUAUUUGACAAAUGGGAUGGCGGUGAGCCGAACAAUGGCAACGACAAUGAAGAUUGCGUCGUAUUAAAAAAACAUGGGAAAUUACACGACUACCCGUGCUUCCACAAGUUCCCAUUCAUCUGUAAGAAGAGUCUCGCUACGGUGCAGUGGAACCAGGAGUGUAACAUGGCCAAUUUAGAUUAUAAAUUCAACAAAGAACAGAGCAGAUGCUACAAGUUUCACUCGAAACCAUAUAACUGGCCUGAGGCACACGCUGUGUGUAAUGCUGAACAGUCUUACUUGGCGGUCAUCAAUUCUCAGGCAGAAGCUGAACACCUGGUUGCUUUAACAACACUCGCACCAAAGUAUACGGUCAAUAAAGAUUUUCAGUCUGGAAUUGUUCUUCUAGGAUUUCAUAACAGGCAAGACGAGGGAUGGGAAACCGUAAGAGGAUCAUUACUCGAAGACAGCGGCUACACAACCUGGGCUAACGGUCAACCCGAUGGGGUACAACGUGGCGUAGACGAGCGAUGCGGCUCCAUGUUUUACAACGGACAUUUAAAUGAUAUUGAAUGUGACAAGAAAGCUUUUUUUAUUUGCGAACACGAGGUUCCUGCAGACAUUGAUGACAGAAACGGUGAAUCGAAACGGUAA